UUGUCAGUUUGUGCUGAAGUCGCGGGUUUCUCCGGGGCGGAUUUAGGCCUCCUUAUGAGUAACUGCACUCCUCUUCUGCUCUCGGUCACCGUGGCGACGCUGUGCUUGAGCAUCGUCCUCAUCCAGGAGGUCAGAGUUUUAAAAACGGAUCUCAAGGGAAUUAAAAGGGAUCUCCUCUCCCCUCUGGUUCAUCGGUCACUGAAAGAGUUUGGAUAUGGACUGUUUAUGUCCAACAUGUGGGAGCAGCAUUCAUUUGUUCGGCCUCGGAACAGACGAGAGGAAGACGUCUGGACCACCCAGGCAUCAUUCUUGCAGAUGACAGCCGUGGCAAAUGAAAAGCCCAUACAGAGAGGUAAUGUGACGGUAAUUCCAUGGACUGUGGCCAUCCAGCAAGGGUCCGCUGUCACAGCAUCGGAUAACAAAAUAGUCGUCCAACAAGACAGUUACUUCAUGGUAUUUGGCCAGGUUCUGUAUCACGACCGAGGAGCUAUCAUGGGCCACCUGAUCCGCCAGCAGCCAUCCAGCGCAUCUGGAGGUGUGGGGGGAUACCGAGACCUCUUCCGCUGCCUGCAGGAGAUGCCCGAGGAGAACAGCGCAAACACAUGCUACACCGCAGGCAUCGUGAAGCUGGAACACAACGACCAGCUGGAGCUGGUCAUCCCCGAUCGACCUCACGCGCAAGUAGCCAUGGACACGGAAUCAACCUUCUUCGGAAUCAUUCAGCUGCAGUAAACAAAGGAACCUCCGCCCCAACCCAUUCCACUUCACAUAUCUUGUCUGACAACCACAGAAUGGGCUGGAAUAUAUUCUGCAUACUUGAUGCUCGGCAUACACUGCUCUUUUCAUUUGACGUUAAAAAAAGAGAAGGGGGGGGGGGGGGCGUAGCUGCCUGUGUUAUUGUACUCAGUUGACAAGACAAAAAUAGGCGUACUGAAGGCCCUGCUCUCUGUGCAAUCAGUAAGACCCAAUGUCACGCUGACGGAUGACACAGCCAGUCUCUGGGACCGGCAGAUAACCUCACACCCGGAAGGUUGAGUGCGAACUGUGACAGGCCACUGUCACUGCAUCUGCGAAACAGGAUGUUGAACUCUGCCACGCAGAGCAAACGGAGACCAGAUAUUCUUACAGGAUCUCAAUGAGAAGGAAAAAGAGAGAGAGAGAAAGAGAGAGAGAGAGAGAGAGAGAGAGAGAGAAAGACAAAGCUUAUAGACUUCAGCAAAAGAUCUGUCAAGACAGUUUCAUUAUAGACGCUUAACACCGAUGCUCUGAAUGGCAAUUCCUUACAGCUUACUAUAAAUGCACAGGCACACCUACACACAUCUCUGUGUAGCCUACGCUUUUUUUUCCUACCCUGCUACUCUGUCAAUAGGUUUAUUUCGGUCUCUUUGUUUACCAUUCUCUGGCUUUGUCCCACAAGCCUCGGCCUCAGAGUGCCACACACACGUUGUUUAUUUGGCUUUCUAUUUGGAGGAGGUUUCCAUGUCCCAGGAUGGUAUAUCAGGAACAAACAAAUGAGGGCUUUGCCCAGCUUGCGGGGAGGGUGGCUGGUGCAAUAAUUAUUGCAAUCGCCUUGAUGAAUCAUAGUGACGGAAGAUCGACCACACAUGUGUCACGUGUUUGUACAUUUGAAAGCUCACUGGAAUUGUCUGUUUACUACUGAGGUAAUGGUGGCAUAUUCUGACCACAACAGAGAGCACUUCUUGCACCAAGGAGGAGAAAACAAUUAGCAACAGAGUUACAAACAUUUUCCAGGUCUUCAAUAUUCUGCAGGUAUUACUAAAAAAUGUGAAGAUCUUUGUGUGGGAUUGUUGUGAUUGUUGGGGCCAAAUGGUUAAAAUAUUAGGUUUACAAUUGUAAUGGUUUUGAGUUAAAUAAAAUCAAUCACAAAUAAUGAAGAGAUUCUACGACUUUGUAUUUUUUUGCUGAAAUGUUAUGGUAAUAUGAGAAAACAUCACCUUGCAUUAUACAAGUAUACUGUAAAUAUGUAAAUAUACAUUACUGAAUCCUAUUUUGUGGCUUUACAGCAGCUAAAAAAACAAUCCUAGAAUGUUGGUUUAAUACAGAGAAAAAAUGUGCUGAAACACCGGUUGUUCAAUGCAGAAUAUACGGCUAACUUUAGUCGGGCCAGAUUUAACCGGGCGAAGCCCCAAACUGUGUCUGUCUGGGGAUAUUUAGUGGUAGAAUUGAAUGAGCUCUUCAAAAGAGCAAUAAUGCAUGUGUCUGUCAAAGGCUAUUUAUUUGUUUUCAUUUCUAUUUUUAUGGGGCCAUCUCCUCUUUUGUCUUUUAAUUUACUUUUAUGUAGUGGUGUAUAACUGUUUUCCUUGUUUUUUUAUCAUGAUGACGGUCAAUGUUUGUGUAGUUUUGUUUGUGUCCUGAAACUUUCAAUAAAAAGUUAA